GAGAAAAAAGAAGAUAAGUGUGUGUUUUCUUUGACGUGAAUGAAGAGUGUGUUUACUGUGAGGGAAAGUGGCAGCUUGAAGACCUGUGUGUGUGUGUGCGUGUGUGCGUGCAUAUGCGUGUUUGUGUGCAUGUGUGUGUGUGUUGAUCGAACUACAGCAGCAUGUUGCCACCUGUGAAGAAGGACCGAAUUAUUUCUCACCUCCCAAAGUGUUUCAGUCCCAAUGCGGCGCUGCACACCAAAGAUGGCUUCCACCCUCAGGUCCAGGCUGCUUGUCAGGUGCAGAAGUCCCGCACGGUGAGCUUCAAUAUCGCCAAGGUCAUCGUGGUGGGAGAUGUCUCAGUUGGAAAAACAUGUCUGAUCAGGAGUUUCUGUAAGGCAGAUUUCGAUAAGAACUACAAAGCGACCAUCGGCGUGGAUUUUGAGAUGGAGCGUUUCGAGGUGCUCGGUGUUCCCUUCAGUUUACAGCUGUGGGACACUGCGGGUCAGGAACGCUUCAAGUGCAUCGCGUCCACCUACUACAGAGGAGCUCAAGCCAUUAUCGUGGUGUUUGACCUCAGCAGAGUGAGCUCAUUAGAACAUGCCAGGCAGUGGCUUGAAGACGCCAUGAAGGACAACGACCCCUCCAGUGUUUUACUUUUCCUCGUCGGUACUAAGAAGGACCUCAGUACUCCAGAUCAGUUGUUCCAGGUCGAGCAGGAAGCUAUCAGACUCUCGGAGGAAAUCAAGGCCGAGUACUGGGCCGUGUCUUCAAAGUCAGGAGAUGGCAUCAGGGACUUCUUCUUCCGCGUGGCCUCUCUGACCUUCGAGGCCAACGUUUUGUGCGAGCUCGAGAAAAUGGGGUCGAGGAACGAGGGUGACAUCAUCAGACUCACAGACAGCACGGAGGACAAUCACACACCAGCCAAGAGGAAACCCAACUGCUGCUGAUGAGCCAACAACUGGACCAGUGACGUCAUGGAUAGACCCCACACAAACAGCCCAGUCCCCUCAACUCAAUGAGGUCCUAUCGGAGCCGGUGACCUGAGAGGGAGUUAGCCACCAUACAAGUUGUAGGUUUGACAUAUUGAGUUGUUGCGUAGUCAACAACAGUCAGCUGAAUUACCAGAACAGAGUCCACUGUGUCCUCUCAGGAAUGUUUGUACUGCCGGCCAGAACUACAACAAAUAAAGCUUUUGUCAUCA